CGGAACGAGGGUACUCCAGCCGAAAGCGCAUAGAACGCAAGUGUUUACUGCCGGCUGCCGAUUACAAAGUUUUGUGAUAAUUAUCGAGUUUACGAAACAUUCAGUGAUUUGCUUAGCACGACACCGACGAUGGAAGGGUUUGCUGCUCCGAUUAGUCACGUGUGGUUUCAUCAGAACAGUAUUAUAUCCACACCGGACAAUGGAAUCCUGUACUGUUCCCGUUACGACGUUGCGUACAUACCUCCAUUUGAUUCGAGCUGCUUGCCGAAGACCCGAAUCAUUAAUGUUCUGGGAUGCGUUACUUCUUUGGCUUGUUCUCCAGACUGGACCGAGCAACGAUUGUUUGCUACGAUGGACGAGCGUUACUCGCUGUUCGUGUGGGAUCUGGAUUUGCAGCAGGCUAUCAAAGGACAUAUGGGCCACGCAACACCACCCGCGAAGGGCAAAUCAUCGAAACAUCUCCCGAACGUGGUUUCGGCGCUUUGCUUUACGACGGAUGGGCAGUUGCUUUCAUGCGUGUAUUCCGAUCUGGCGGUGUAUAAUUUGCUAACGGACAGCUACGUGCUGUGGCCGGACUUUUUCCGCAACAAAACCGCGGUCACGCUGGUGCCUUGCCCGACCGAUCGAGACGUGUUUAUGGCCGGGCUGAAAGAUGGAUUGAUUAUGAUAUUUUCCCUCAAGAAAAUGGCCAUACUGCACACCCUCCGCGGAAACGACAAGGAGAUCGUUUCUAUCGCGUGCAUGAUUGUGCCAGUGGUGAAGAAACCUGUUUGGAGAAGGGAACAGAAAGCGCUAGACGGUAAGGAAGGUGGCUCGGGUAGUGCGACGAAAAGCGACGCCCAGAACAGGCCAAAGAAACAGGCACGCAAAAAAGCUGCGGUAGUUGCGGACGAAUCGGAGUGCUUUGAUAUCUAUGAUUUCAACGAAAGUCUGGAAGAGUUUGGGACGAUCGUCGACCGGGAAUCGACGGAUGAGAAGCGCGACCAAUUCCGAGAGAAGGCCAAAACCGUGGAAGGUUUCAACUUUCUUGAGGCUUGUGAAAAUCUGAAAGAAGACAUCCUUCAAGCUGCAAAUCGUCGGGACGAAGAGGAAGAGGAAUACGAGACCGGUGAACGGUCUGCGAUUGCGCAAGAAGAGUUCAACACGGACGAUGAAAAUGAGUUGGAUGAUUGUGAAAAGUUGAGGGAUUACGUGGUAGUCGGUAAUGAAGAUCAAGAGGCGAAUGUGGAAACGGACGAGGAACACGAUGAGGUGGACUACAAGCUUAUCCUGGUAAGCGGCGGUCGGGAGAACGCUGUUUGGUUUUUCGACUACGAAACGGGCUUGCCGAUCGGCAAGAUAGUUGUACCGUCCGUUGCAUCUGCACGGCUUUGUGAUACAUAUUUCACGAACGCCGUUUGGAUCGAUGAGUCCCACAUCGUUGCCAACAGUUCGAACGGGCAGGUCAUCGAAUGGAAGGUAGAGUUCAAGUACAAGCACGAUCGGCUGCAUCUCGUUGCCAAGGAAAGUUUGGCGCCGUAUCCGGUGGAGAAAAUAUUCCACGUGAUUCGCGCCAAAGGGCUAACCAAGACGGACACCAACGGACGGUAUUUGUGGUGCUCUUCGCUCAAUCGGAAGCUGCAAUGCCUGGAGGUGACAGAAUCAGGAAAAGCUUCCAUAGUUUUAGACUACAGUGUUAUAUAUCCGUCGAACCGCUGUCUGGUGGAAAAUCCUCUCGAGUCUAUGGUGAUUGCGAUUGGGAGCACAUCAAGGAUUGAAAAGCUCAAUUUAGCCAGCCUGCAGGGCGACAGCAUCCGGUUCAAAUCGUUCACUUAUAAAAUCAGCGGUAUUGUAAUGCAGUUGUGCUGGCAUCCGGAGGAAGAAGAAAAGCUCGCCUUUGGAACGAACGAAGGACGGAUCGGAAUAUUGGAUACAGGCCAUUCGAGCUACGUGCCCGUCAUACUGAAACCAUUCACCAACAAAGACAUAUACGGACUGGAAUGGUGUUAUUUGACCAACGCGAAGCAGGAAAAGAGGUUGGUUCUGUUAGCAUGCAGCAACACUGAGCUUGUUUACUAUCCGAUGGCAGGCGCACAGAAACACGAACCAGUAAAACUUCCGCAGUUUUCACAAGUAUCGGAGGUAACUGCAGUAAACAAUCUUUGCUUUGUCGGCACGCAGGACGGAAGUCUGUACGUGAACGAUUUGGAUCAGAAUCUAAAGCAGCUGUACCACGGCAAGCUGGCCAAGCGGUACAUAAGCUCGCUGGUGUUCAAGAAUAACUAUCUGGCCGUCGGCUCUAAUGAUCGUACCAUCCGGCUGAUCAACUGCAGCGAUGGUGUUUCUGGGGAAGCAGUACAGCAAAGCACAUUGCUCGAAGGUCAUACAGACGGCGUAUGUAAGGUGCGAUGGAAUCGUGGCGAUGCGAUGCGCCUGGUAAGCAGCAGCUUCGAUAGCACUAUCCGCGUGUGGGACGCGCUGUCGGCUACAUGCCUAAAAAUCUACCACACAAAAUCGUUUGUUUAUGCUGCCAUCUUUUCCCCUCUGGACGAAAAUCUAAUACUUUUCGUUGAGAAAGGAAACACGUUUGCAUGCUUCGACUACACUAAACAGCACGAUGAACCUCCAAAAGUUAAAAUAUUGAUGGCCAACCGCGUUGAACCCGUUAACGGUGGUGGCAAGUCCAUGGGUUCGAAACAAAAGAAGAAGAAAACGGCACGCCGAUUUAAACAUGCCAAAACAGCGGAUGGUUUCCAUCAUGCCGAGCAUGCCGUCGAUCAGCUAACCGAGGAGGUGCAGAAGGUUACGCUGAAGGAAGCAAAUGCUGUGCCAGUCGCGAGCCAUCUUACGACAACAUUCCCCCUUACAAACCGUGAAACAAACAAAACAAAAGAUGUACUUGAGUGUAUCGUCAAAUUGCUGCAUACACCGGACCCGGAACCUGAACGAGAACCGAUAGAUUACUACAAUGAUGGGAAUUCGGGCGAUAAGGAGGCUUUCGAGGAUGAGUUUGACUGUCUGCCACAACCGGAACCGGUAGCGGCAGUAAAGCAACCGGCAAUAGAACCCGCGCCGCAUGUGUGUGACGGAACUGAAACGGAGCAGGAAGAAAUGUUUUACAACGAAAAACUGUUCUCCACUCUCGAACACCUGAAACAACUGAUUGCGGAGGAAGCUAAUCUACACCCGUUCACGGAUACAUCCUCGAUUGGGAUGGUAAUGUUGCCGCAGAUGCUGCACAAGCUGAAGGAAACGAUUUUGGGGUGCAUCAGCAAGAAAAAGCUAACGCCUCAACUGUUGGCUUUGGCUCCGUACGUUUCGCACAUCUUCUGGCGACAGUGCUGCCAGGCGUAUGCUUAUCAAUUGAUCGAAAGUCAACAAUCGUUGGCAGCCGUUCCGUUUUUCUUGGCCAGUCACAAGGUGGAUGCAUCGAUCGAGGAACUUUGUGAUGCGAAAUACUUCCGGGAAGCGUGGGUCAUCUGCCGGUUGAACAAAACGCCCGACGAUCCAAUGCUGGCGCAGGUGGCGUGCAAAUGGGCGCAACAUUUGAACGCUAUUGGAAAUUAUGAAGCGGCAGCGCUUGUUUGGACAGGGGUAAAAAAGUAUAAGGAGGCGAUCGACGUACUGACCAAACGUAGAGACAUUACCGAGGACAUCCAACGUACAAUAGACGAGUUGAAUGUUAAACUGCAACAGGCCACUACGGAUUGAUUUACGUUUCCCGUACAUUAAAUGCAUACCUUUUUUCUUUUUUUUGAAUUUUUUCUUCUUAUUAUCAAAUUAAUUUUGAAUCAUCCAUGGCAGCAUCACGUAUCAGAGCGCAUGCUAAAUGUAGGAAUAAAUACUGAACUCAUUUCGAAUCAACGGUCACAAUAA